GUGUUGUUUAAUGGUGUCUCUGUGAGGGACAUUGGAUGACUUUGUGCUGUGUUUAGCAGGAUAGCUGAUUAGCUAGUCCAUUCAUUUUGACAGGUACCAAAUUUCAGCAGAAUGGAGGCUCUUAUUCCUGUCAUUAACAAACUUCAGGACGUAUUUAAUACAGUAGGCGCAGAUAUCAUACAGUUGCCACAGAUAGCAGUGGUUGGAACACAGAGCAGUGGGAAGAGCUCGGUGCUGGAGAGCUUAGUGGGCCGAGACCUUUUACCCCGUGGAACAGGCAUCGUCACCCGCAGACCGCUGAUCCUUCAGCUGGUACACGUGGACCCAGAGGACAGGAGGAAGACCGGCGAGGAAAAUGAGCCCAAUGCCUGGAAAAAUGGACGCUUUUCCAAAGGUGUGGAUGGUGAAGAAUGGGGCAAGUUUCUGCACACCAAAAACAAGAUCUACACAGAUUUUGAUGAAAUCAGGCAAGAAAUUGAAGCUGAAACCGAAAGGAUUUCUGGAACUAAUAAGGGUAUCAGUGAUGAGCCCAUUCAUCUCAAGAUCUUCUCUCCCCAUGUGGUUAACCUGACACUGGUAGACCUGCCUGGCAUCACCAAGGUUCCGGUGGGAGACCAGCCUAAGGACAUAGAGAUUCAGAUACGUGAGCUCAUUCUGAAAUACAUCAGUAACCCAAACUGUAUCAUCCUAGCGGUGACUGCUGCCAACACAGACAUGGCCACAUCUGAGGCUCUUAAAGUGGCCCGAGAGGUCGACCCUGACGGGCGUAGAACACUUGCUGUGGUGACCAAACUGGACUUGAUGGAUGCUGGCACUGAUGCCAUGGAUGUCCUGAUGGGUAGAGUCAUUCCAGUCAAACUGGGUCUCAUUGGAGUGGUCAACAGGAGUCAGUUGGAUAUAAACAAUAAGAAAACCGUGGCUGAUGCGAUCCGAGAUGAGCAUGCCUUCCUACAGAAGAAAUAUCCCUCACUUGCAAACAGAAAUGGAACCAAAUAUUUGGCCCGGACACUCAAUAGGCUGCUGAUGCACCAUAUCAGAGACUGUUUACCAGAGCUGAAAACCCGCAUCAACGUACUGGCUGCCCAGUACCAGUCCCUGCUCAGUAGCUACGGCGAACCGGUGGAUGAUAAGAGUGCCACGCUGCUCCAGCUUAUCACCAAGUUUGCCACUGAAUACUGCAACACCAUUGAGGGCACGGCCAAAUAUAUCGAGACAGCCGAGCUGUGUGGUGGAGCGAGGAUUUGUUAUAUAUUCCAUGAGACAUUUGGCAGGACCCUGGAGUCUGUGGACCCUCUUGGUGGACUCACCACAAUAGAUGUGUUAACGGCCAUCAGAAACGCCACGGGCCCUCGUCCUGCUCUGUUUGUGCCUGAGGUGUCGUUUGAACUGCUGGUGAAGAGACAGGUGAAGCGUCUGGAGGAGCCCAGCCUGCGCUGCGUGGAACUGGUGCACGAAGAGAUGCAGAGGAUUAUCCAGCACUGCAGUAACUACAGCACACAGGAGUUGCUGAGGUUUCCAAAGCUGCAUGAUGCCAUAGUUGAGGUGGUGACCUCUCUCCUGAGGAAAAGACUGCCCGUCACCAAUGACAUGGUUCAUAACCUGGUUGCUAUUGAAUUAGCCUACAUCAACACUAAACACCCAGACUUUGCCGAUGCCUGUGGUCUCAUGAACAAUAACAUAGAGGAGCAGAGGAGGAACAGAAUGAGAGACCUGCCCUCAGCAGUACCGCGUGAUAAGUCCCUUAAAGGUCCCAGUGGACAGUCCCUGUCCCCCACUGAGCACCCCCCCGCUGAGGGAGAGGCUCCCAAGGUGUGUGGCUCCGUUGUAGCCGGAGGAGCCCAGGGAGAUCAGGAUGGAGGCACGGGGAACUGGAGGGGGAUGCUGAAGAAGGGCGAGGACGGUCUGCCUGAAGACAAGGCUAAGUUACAGAGCACACUCCCAGCCAGCCCUCAGAAAGGGCAUGCAGUCAACCUACUGGACGUGCCUGUUCCUGUGGCCAGGAAGCUGUCAGCUCGUGAACAAAGAGACUGUGAGGUCAUCGAGAGGCUUAUCAAGUCCUACUUCCUCAUCGUCCGCAAAAACAUUCAGGACAGUGUGCCAAAGGCUGUGAUGCACUUCUUGGUGAACUAUGUGAAGGACAGUUUACAGAGUGAAUUGGUAGGGCAGCUGUAUAAACCGGCUCUUCUGGACGACCUGCUCACAGAGUCUGAGGACAUGGCUCAACGCCGCAACGAGGCUGCCGACAUGCUCAAGGCCCUGCAGAAGGCCAGCCAGGUCAUCGCUGAGAUCAGGGAAACCCAUCUUUGGUGAGGGUGAUGACCCCAGUGUGCCAGACCCUGAACCCCACCCCCUGUCACCAGGGCGUGUCAGGCAGACGGCUGAAAAUGCCGUGGUGUCAAUGUGUUUUAAUAUGUUCUCUGUGGACUGCAUUACAGACAGCACAGGUCAUUUGUCCUCUCUGCUCACUGUGGUACUUACCAACCACAACACAACAACAUCCUCAUUGUCCUUAGUCUACCAAGGAAUGUGUGUCACCCAUGUAAUGGAAAUGAAAAGUAGAAAUGUAUAAAGCAUAAUAAUAAACAAACAUCUGUGCUAUCUUGCCUCUGGGAAAUGUGCUUUAAACAGAGAAAAAGAAAUCAUGCA